UCAGUCGCUCAGCUGUCUAGAUUAGAUUACCAGUUUGGGUGUACGCGCACACACACACACAUCAGCAACAGUAACAAAAGCAACGGCAACCAUGCCGAGACGAUCAACGCAAGAGUGGAUCCGGUUGUCUUUGCGCACCCCGGGCAUCCUGAUCUUCGGGAUGGUUUUGGCUCCCUGCGGAUGGAUCCUGAACCUGACAGCCACCGUGGCACCAAACUGGAGGACCCUCAACGACCUCCCCAACACUCCGGUAAAUGAGUUCAUCCAGCAAGGCAUCUGGGAGAUCUGCAGGUCCACCUCGACAGACACGAGGAUUAAUUGUAACCUGCAGGACACCUUGUAUUUCGGCAACCAGGUCAUCGAGGUCGCCCAGGGUUUGAUGGUGGCCUCCCUCAUCGUGACUCUGAUCGGGCUGGCCGUGGCCAUCCCGGGGGUCCGCUGCUGGAGAGACAGGCCUAAAUGGGUCGUGGCCGGCCUGGGCGGACUGUUGAUCUUCCUCUCAGGAGUCAUGGUCAUCAUACCCAUCGCCUGGUACACCCACAUCCUCGAAGACAUCUCAACGCUGACCCCUCGCAUAAACGUGCGUGUCGGCUACUGCAUCAUCCUGGGCUACAUCGGCGGGAUAUUCGAAAUCCUGGGCGGCGCCGUCAUGUUCAUCGGGAUCUGCCGUUGCUGUGGAGGAAAGAACCGAGGGGAGACACGCGUCGAGGAGGUCACGGGCCCCCGGUUCAGAAAUCAGAAGCAGCCCGCGAGACGAGUUGAAGUGCCAAGCCUGAGCCGGCCCAGGAGCAGCGCCAGCAGCGUUCCCUACUCGAAGGACUCCCUGGAUGAGGAUGUGUCCUUCCCCCGGGCCAAGAGCCCAGCAGCCCCGUCAGUCAACACCUCCUACAGCGGCAGACCCUAUGAGGCCGACCUAUGAGAAGCACAAUCACUUUAGGUCUCGUUGAGUGUUACACUGUGUCAACAUUAGGACAAGUUAUAGGCUACUUGAAGGCAUAAGUGUUAAAUGAUGUGAGUGGCAGAGCCAGGGCUGCAGUUUAAUGUGGCUACAGAUGAGAUUCAUUAUGGGCUAAAAGGUAGCCUCAUUCUAACAUUAUUAUGAUACAGGAUAGUUGUGUGAUUCAAGCAGUGCAGUAAUUCAUCCCAUCUUUACCAUUACUGCACUGGGGGAAAAAGUGGAAGUGAAGAAUUAUGUAUUAUUGUGAGGGUGAAACAUGGAGAUAAAUUUGUAAAUAGUUCUCAUCUGUAAGGAACCUUUUGCAUUUUUUUUUUCUGUGUACACUGGCACAUUUUUUGGGCUAUGUUUUUAUCCAUUUUUAUGUAAAUAAAUAAUACAUAUUGUACUGCAGAGGUGCAUGAAUUGAUUUUUAGGAUAUUUGAUAAGUGGAAAUAGCUGCGGUCAUGAAUACAAUGGGGGUAAAGUUAAAUGUUUUGUCAGCAGAAAGUUUAUAAAAGUAAGAAUCUAAAAUCUUAGAGAAGUAUUGUAUUCUAUCAUCCGUGACCAGAAGUCAUAGGGACACUAUUCAAACACACAUAUGCCUCCCCGUCUGCUCAGUCGUCACCUCAUACAUACACAAUGUUGCCCGACCGGUCCGAGAGGUUAGUUUCUUUCACCAUCUUGUCGAACAACAUUAUACCUCUUCUGUUUAAACUGGCCUAACAUCUCAAACAAGGCAACACUGUAGUGAACAAUUGUCCCUCUAUAGAUCCCUGAGAGUCUUUUGUUGUUAAUUUGGCCCCCGAAGGAAUCAUGAUGCAGUUCUCCCUGCAGGACCUGUUGAAUGCCACAGUUAGACGUGGAGUAAAGUAAAGAAAAGCUGUUUUUAAACUGGCACUGACGGCCAUAAUGAGUGCAUCUGCUCAUACUGAUGUAAACACAAGUAUCAGAAAGAGAAAUAUGGUUAUUUGUGUUGAAACAACUUAACAAAUAGUACAUUUAACAACCACUCUGAUCGUGGUAACUCAGAGUAGUUGGUUGGAAUGAAAAACCCAUGAAUGCAGGAGAAAUAAUAUCAGUAAGCCAGCUAUAGUAACGUUAGUCUUGAUUAAUAACUCUUAACUUUCUUGGUAAAAAAGAUGCUUCUGCAUCUGAGCAGAUUUCGAGAAAAAGGAUUCAAGAAGGGAUUGGGUUGGGUUUGGGUUGGGUUUCAAGCUACCGUCUAUUAAAUUGUCGCCUAGAAUGCAGUGACUCACGAAAUUACGGUCCAAGAUAAGUGGGGUGAAUGUUGACAAAAGACGUCAGUUAUUAUUUGAAGCCUCAUGCUCUUUAAAAAAGUUGCAUUGCACUUCCAUAAAGUUGGGAGACUCUCAUGAGAUGGAUUAAAGAAUUGAGCAAAACAAUACAUCAGAUCCAGAUUUGAGUUUCUAGCAUGGGUCAAGCUAAAAAAAAAAAAAGCUGGAUCCUGCAUUUCCCAUAAUGCAACCAAUGCACCUUUAUGUCACACACGUUUUUUUUGAACACCCACGUUUUCUAGUUUGUAAAGCAGAUUUUCUGCUAAAAAGCUGCAGUCUCAAAGCCUGCUUUCAUUACU